GUCGGUACAAAGGGGCGGCUCAGCCGGCAAUGAGACCCUUCCCAAGGGCGAAUGCCUACGGGGCACAGGCAGUUCGAGGGGGUGCUGGGUGUGGUGCCGUGUUGCCCCUUCACGCUACUCACCCAAAUCCGCCCGACGCGUGCUGCUUGCCCUGCCUGUGCCUUCUCCGCCCCCUUCCAGGCUCGCAGCUGAACUCCCGGUCCCCCGGCCCCUCGCCCCUCCGCACCCCCGGCAGAUGCGAGCGAAGCCUCCGGAGCAGAUGGCAACAUUUGGUAGCCGAGUGGUCCCUGCCUGCGGGACUUUGCUGGGCUGUGGUGACCAUCCCUCUCCGAAGCCCCCUCCUCACCCAGCCAGGUGUGGCAGAUGAGGAGCCCAUCCCAACUGCAGCCAGCUCAUGCCAGGGGGUGCAGCAGGGAUCCCCAGGGUGGGCACACUGCUCAUGCCGUGGGGGUGACAGGGUGGCAGGAAGGCGUGGAAAGAUUGGCAGCCCAGAAAAGCAGGGGGGUCUGUCCUUGAGCUCAGCCCUAGUGAUACCCAUCCCCUAAUACCUUCCAUGUGUGAGCAGUGGGGAUGUGCUUAGGCAGAGGGUGUCUGCUGCUCCAUUGCUGGGGGACAAGGGGACCCCCUCACUCCAGAGACUACUCUCCACCUUAUUUGAGAGGGUACGACCCCCAGACUUGGGGACCUGCUGACAGGUCUCGGUCUGGACCCUGGCAGCCCCAGCCCUAUUUGCAUUCCAUUUCCAUGUGAAAGGAACAGGUCAAGUUGAAAGUGGAAGGGCUGGUGGGGGGCAGCCGGGAAGGGGCCACUGCUGGAGGUGAGACCCCAACAAAAGGGCCGGAUCCCCAGGGCCCAGUGCUCGCCUGGCCAUGGGCUGCGGCCACGGCCCCACGGCAGCCGCCAUCUGCGGGUCUGUGCCGCCGCCACCACCGGCCAGACAAAGGCCUCGUGCCCAGCAUGUCCCCAUCUGUCACCUCCCUGUCUCCCAGAUCCCUGAGCAGAGACCGAGUGUGAAAAUCCGGGUGCAGGCAGCAUCAUUCCCUCUGCCCACAGGGAAUGGAGUGAAGCUGGGUGCAUCCCCAUUCUGUCCCCAUGUUCCUUCUGGAGUGGCUCUGUACAGCUCUUCCUGGGGAAACCGAGGCAGUUUAUCCUGGGUCAGGGCACGGCAACAAGCUGGAAUAAAACUAAGAGUUAACACCCAAGAUGAAGAGGUUGGGGACCUCGGAGCUCUGGGGGUGCCUCUGCGUGGGGGUGCCCACACUGUCGAGCCCCAGCCCUGCAUCUUGGCAGGUGUUGCCAUAGCUGCCUCCGCCCAACACUUCGGGGGGAGGGGGGGGUGGGGAAUUAGCCACUGUUUUCUGUUUUCUGCUCGCUGGCAGCUUAAUUUAGCACCCAGGAGGUCCUCGCAGUGGCACGAGGGUGUCUGUAGAAGGUGAGAACAAAGGUACUGACAGCCUCUGAUUGUCCCUCUGUUCACAAACACAAACCAUCCACGUGUUCCUGGAGCAGCGGUGGGGACGCUGCUCCGGGUGCUGGGGAAGCAUUCCUGCAGGAGCUGCCCUCCCAGAGCAUGUCCCGGGAUGCUCCGAGGGAGGGCGAGGCUUGGGGCGCUGCCGGGAUCCAACGCCCCGCUCCAACGGGCCAGACGUGCCCGAGCAGCUCCUGCAGCUCCUGCCUGCACCCGCACAGCCUCGGCAGCUGUGGGGGGCGCAGCCUGCGGGCUCUGCCCUUGCCUACAACUGGGAUUUUCCAGAAUAGCCCGUUGUGUGGAUCUGGGCUCAGGGCAGCCCUCUGGCUCCCUGACUGUGUGCUUUCCUUGGCCCUUCUCCCUCCACCAGCUCCUUGUCUUGCUCCAGGAGCCGUUUGAACAAGGCAGGGCUGUUACUGAGCUCCAUAGUUUGAGCCAAAUGCUCGUUCCUUCUGUACAGAGCUGAACAGAGAUGCCUAUACCAUGGGAUAGGAGCCACCCUGGGGCUGGGUUCAGGCCAGCAGGUCCAGGUAGCUGCAAGCUUGGUGACCCUGUUCCAGUCUGUCACCUCCCUUCCUAUUAUCCAGUUUGUUUUCCUGCAUUUUGGAGAUUAUUGCUGCUGGGUGCCUGUGGAAACAAGGUGAGAUUUCCAAAUCAAAGCAGGCCCUGCCAACUAGCCAUACCAGUGAUAUGAGGGAAUCUGCCCAGCCCCCAGGAAGGCUGGGAACUUCUCCUGUGUCCCUGAAGCCCUAACCCAGUACCAGGACCGUCUGCCCACAGCAAGCAGAGACAUCCAGAAGCAUUUUGGCUUUGUCAGUGCGAGAAACUCGGGCUGUGUGUGCAUCCAGACUGCCCAGCCGGAACCGCGGGCUGAACCGGCACCCGGGACGUCACAGGGCACCGUCACACUGCGUGACGCAGCCCGGCAUGGAGGAAUGCCCCGUGGUUUCCAUCCCAUGUGAGCGCUGAGUUGCCUCGGAGGGCGUCCUCGCCCGGCGCUGACUCAGCGAGCAGCAGCCGCCGCAUGCAGAACCGCUCCAGCACCCUGCAGCCACCAUCGCGCCGGGAGACGGGGAGGACGUGCCUGGGGAGCAGGAGGCGUGGGAGCAUCAGGACACCGUCGGGACACCCUCGGGAAGAGGGCAGAGAGAAGUGUGGCAGCUGAUCCGUGCUGAGGAGGCUCCCACGCUACAGGGCCGAUCCAGCCCUGAGCCCCUCGCUGCCCGUGGCGGCCGCCCAGCCGUGUCCCGGUGCCGGCACGGAGGAUGCCCGUCGAGGCGCUGCAAGCCGGUGACACCAUGAAGGGGGUGACGGUGACGGCGCCUUUCACCUCGGCCAUGCCCGUCCGUAUCCUCCGCAAAGGGCCCGCGUAUUUCCGCCGGCACGCCGAGCCGGGGGCCGGCAAGCCCAGCGCGGUGGAGAGGCUGGAGGCCGACAAGGCCAAGUACGUGAAGAGCCAGAAGGUCGUGAGCACCAGGCAGGAGCCGGUGAAGCCGCUGCUGCUCAAGCAGCCCCUCUUCACCCCCGGGGUUCGCCGGGUGGUGCUCACCCCCAGCCGCAGGGCUCCCCCGGGGCCACGCCGCGCCGAUGCUGCCAGCCCGAAGACCUCCCUUGACCUGGAGAUCCUCAACAACCUCAUCAACCUGUGUGACAGCCCCUUCCCUAAGGCGGAGACCUCGCUGGGCAGGGAGUGCAGGUGGCGGGCGGAAGCGCCAGCUGUGGAGGGGGCUGUCAAGCCACCGGAGAGCCCGGCCACCACCAAGCCCCCCGGCAGUGUGGCCGUGCGGAGGGUGGACGUCCGUCCCUGUGGAGCUCCGCGGAGCCCAGUGACGCCGCUGCCAGCAUCCCCCGUCGCAGGUGGGCUGCCUGUGACCCCGUCCCGGAGCUCACCCGCCCGGCCCGAGAGCGCCCGCCGGCAGCCGCUGCUGCACCGCUCCAAGUCGGACCUGAGCGACCGGCUCUCGAGGGCCACCGCCGACCUGGAGCGCUUCUUCAACUACUGCGGCCUUGACCCCGAGGAGAUGCAGGACAUGGGGGCUGAGCGCUUCGCCCGUGCCAGCUCCGACAUCGUGUCCCUCAAGUUCCACAGCGUGAGCACGGCCAGCUCGGAGGGCGGCCACUCGCCGCCCAGCGCUGCCACGCCGGAGGGACGGCCGGCGGAGCGAGUGCCCUACGGCAUCUCUAUCAUCGAGCGCAACGCCCGUGUCAUCAAGUGGCUCUACGGGCUGCGCCAGGCCAGGGAGCCCCAGCAGGUCUCGGAUGUGUAGCAGUGCCACAGCAGGCAUCGGGGACAGAUUGCUCACAAGUGGGCAGUGCUGGAUGGGGACAAAGUGCAGGGACCUCUUGGUGGUGAUAGGACCCUUGAACUCAGCCCUGCUGUGCCACAGCAUCACUGGCCUGAUGUGGUGGCCAGGGAUCCAUUGUCAGGCCCCUGUGGCAGCACUGGAGAGCCAGGUCCCUGCAAACCCCUGGGAAGGCAGAGGACACGUGUCCCUGGGUGUGUGGCUGGUCCUCAACACCCACAGGGCCUCAUGUGUGGCUGUCCUGCCUGCACUGCUGGCAGCUCCUGCCUGUCCUGCUUCUUGGGGUGGGGUGCAAGGUGCUGGUUAUCUCUUGCAUGGAGAAGGAAUGCUGCACUAGUGAAGGAGCUGCUCCCUUGCAGCCUACAUGGAAGGGGUCCUAGUGCCUGGGGUGGUGGCCACAUCCUGGUGGUCCCAUCCUAUUGCUGAAGAAAAGCCUGGUGCUUUGAGGGGUGAGGGGGAAACCUGACCCCUUGCUUCAAGCUGCCCAGAGCUGUGUGUCUGUGUGUGUAAGUGUCUGCGGGUGCCUGUGUUCCCCUCCCCAGCUGCCAGUGGGCACGAAUUCCCCACCAUGCUGGGCCUGGUAUUUAUGAAGACAACAAUUCUUAUUUUCUACUCUUUUUCUUAUGUUUGAUCUGUAAAUAAUAAUAAUUAUAAUGCAGCCAGUUUUAUUAAAUGCCUGUGUUUUGGA